GAUAUAAAGACCAGUUUCACCAAGACUAUUAGCACCAUGACUUCUCCAUCAGCAGCCCUUAUGCAAAGCAUCCGCUCAGGCACCACUCACUUCAACGCCAUGACUCCUAAAGACCGUGUCAAACUUAUCGCGAUCAUGGGAUACUGCACACUCGCCUUCAGUGCACCUUUUGCGGGAGCGGCAGAAAUGAGCAGACGUACACGCAACGAUACCACAUAUGCAAAGAUCUACAGAGAUUGUCUAGCCUGUGGCUCUCGCCUUGAAGACUAUGCUGGUCUUGGCCGCAGACCUUGA